AUGUCCAGCGAUUCUGCCAGCCAGCCGAUAGCCGGCAUUCACACUUUUGACCUGCCAUCCGUGUGGCUCGGUGACAUCGCGUUAUGGCUGCGCACUGUAGAGUCACGAUUCGCCCUCCGUCAGAUCACACGAGAGGAUACCAAAUUUCCCUAUGUUGUGGCAGCACUCCCAAUGGACAUCGCCACCGACCUCCGCGACAUCAUAGAUUGCCCGCCCACAGAAGCCCCUUAUACUGCCCUAAAGGAGGCCCUCAUUUCCCGCAUUUCCCUCUCAACGCAAAAACGUCUCCAGCGUUUAAUUUCUGAGGAGGACCUCGGUGACAGGAAGCCUACGCAGCUUCUUUGGCGUUUGGAGCAGUUGGCAGACGGAUAA